GCUAUCACCUCCACUUAAAGUAAAACUAUCACGAAGCAAAGUAGAACUACGCGCAAUGUAUCCCAGAACUAUUCUAAAUACAGCAAGAUUAACUCCAUUAAGGCUGCUCAGAUUAUACGCCACUAGAUCAGCGAAUGAUUCUCCCUUCAAAUAUUUACCAAAACAAAAAAAAUGGUUUAAUUGGAAAACAACCAGUUUCUUCUUUUUAUUAGGAAGUUACUUAGCAUAUAACGAAACUUUAUUCAAUUAUUAUGAGGAGUUAACAGCAUUAAAUGAAGACGACCCAAGAUUUGAAAUCUUACCCAUGCAAUUAGAAUAUAAAUUGAAGAGCUUGCCAAUUUAUCAAAAAUUAAUCCAUCCCAAGAAUGCGCACCAAUGGUAUAAAUUGCUGAGUUGGGAAAACUUGGAUCGUAAUAUCUUAGAUAAUAAAUCUUCAAUCAAAGAUCAAAGCGAAUAUCAUGAACCUACAUUGACAAAUCAUACUUUGGCUAAACCAGGUGGGAUUUUAAUAAAACCAGUCAUAUUUCACAAUAUUGAAACUGAUGAAGGGGUAACUAUCAUACAUGUAGGUUAUAGAUUAUGUGGAUACCCAUUUAUAAUUCAUGGAGGCAUGAUUGCAACAUUGUUGAAUGAAACAUUCAAGAGAAAUGCAUCAUUAUCCAAGUUUACCACGUCCAACUUAAAAGAUGAUUUCAAAGUUGAAAACUUAACUAUAAAUUAUAGAGCUCCAACUUUUGCAAAUCAAUUUUUAGUCAUUAAAACAAGGAAAAAGGAAAGCCCCGAAAAUAACGACAAAACAAUUGUUUUGGAAAGUGUUAUUGAAACAAAGAAAGGUAAAGUAUUAGUGAAAAGCCUGGCAUUAUUACAUGAUACAGGAAGGGCAACUAAUAGAAUCAAAGCCGAGGAGCAGCAGACUAAAAAGUGGUGGAGAUUAUGGUGAUUUUGCGUGGCUUAUAAGUGGAGAUUUAAUAUAACACCAGCCUCCUCCCUCCCCCAACAUGAUCAAAUUGCACAAAAUUACAAAAUACCAACUGCAUAUUCGGACCAGCCCUGCAUAUCUCUGUGUAUAUGAUAGCUUUAAACUAAGCAAAUUGUGUAUCUAAUACAAAGCCUCCC